UACACAUCACGCGAUUAUUCUUUGCUAUGACGUCACUUGUCUCCAUGACAUCACACAAGAGCGUCGGCUUCUUAGAAUGCAACAAGAACGCUGAGCUUUCAGAUGUUCACCGAACUUUGUGCGAGUAAGGUGCUUAUUGAAGUUGUUCUUAUCAAGAGAGAAAAUGAAGACGUUUCUAAGUGCACUUGGCGCUGGUGUAGCGAAGCUUAGACUGCGCCCCCUGAUGUACACGACCGGAACUGCAGCCACGGCAGCCGCCAUUUACUAUUAUGUUAAACGAGGCGAUGGAAAGAAAACAACAGCGGACCCCGAGGUCACACCUGAAGACCCAGUGUGUGACCAGGCCAUGGAACCAGCUCUGGUCCAACCCAUAGAGGUUCCUCAGGACCAGGUCACGGGUGCUGUGAGAUGGGCUGAGGAGAAGAUUCAGAAGCUUGUGGUGUCCAGUACUAAGCUGGAGGACAGAGUGAAGGAGCUGGAGGAACUGCUCUGUGAGGCACGCAAUGAGUGUGAGCGAGAGCGGGAGGCUCACUUCAUCCUCCAGUCCGAGUACGAUGAGAUGAAGGAGAAUCUGAUGGACAAGAAGCAGUUACUGAAAGUCUCCCUGGCUGAAGAUGAGAAGAAACAUCAGAAGACCGUGGAGACCAUUGCUCAGCUGGAGGUGGAGAAUUCUGACCUGAAAGACCAGGUGGAGACACUGCAAGGAAGAGUGCAGAACAUGGAGAACCUGCUCCAUGCGACUGAAUGGGAGUGUGAUAAGCUAAUGAACGACUUUCAUAUGGAGGAGGAUGAGAUGAAGAAGGGUGUGAUACACAUAAUGGAGUUACUGAAGGUCUCCCUGGCUGAAGAUGAGGAGAAACAUCAGAAGGCGGUGGAGACCAUUGCUCAGCUGGAGGUGGAGAAGUCUGACCUGAAAGACCAGGUGGAGACACUGCAAGGAAGAGUGCAGAAUAUGCAGAACCUGCUAAUUGUGACGCAAAGGGAGUGUGAUGAACUAACGAAGAAUACUCUGAUGGACAAGGAUGAAUUACUGAAGGUCUCCCAGUCUGAAGAUGAGAAGAAAUCCCAGAAUGCAGUGGAGACCAUUGCUCAGCUUGUGGUGGAGAAGUCUGACCUGAUAAACGAGGUGGAGAGACUGCGAUUAAGAGUGUGGGAAAUGGAGAACCUGCUCCAUGAGACUUACAGAUGGUCUGCUGAUCAAAUGAACGAGUGUGAACGAGAGCGGGAGGCUUACGUCAUCCUCCAGUCCGAGUACGAUGAGAUGAAGGAGAAUCUGAUGGACAAGGAGCAGUUACUGAAGGUCUCCCAGUCUGAAGAUGAACAGAAACCCCAGAAGGCAGUAGAGACCAUUGCUCAGCUGGUGAUGGAGAAGUCUGACCUGAUAGACCAGGUGGAGAGACUGCGAUUAAGAGUGUGGGAAAUGGAGAACCUGCACCAUGAGACUUACAGAUGGUCUGCUGAUCAAAUGAAUGAGUGUGAGCGAGAGUGGGAGGCUCACGUCAUCCUCCAGUCCGAGUAUGAUGAGCUGAAGGAGAAUCUGGUGUCCUCUUUGAUCCAAGGAGACAACAAGUACUGAGACAGGCGGUGAGAACAGAAAUGGAUCCCCAGUAGAAUCAACAUGAUGGGGGUAUGAGGGGUGAAAAUAAGAAUAAAGUAACACAAUUUAAUGUGAGGUAAAAAGUCAAGCUGAUCUUAAUUUUUAUAAUGUUCCCGUGCAGGGAGUUGAAACGCUGACUAAACAUCUAGUUAAACCAUAGCCAAUGAAGACAGUGAUGUAGUAAGGUUGAGUCUUUUACUGUUCAUUCUGCUUCAAAGACAUUGAGUGGUGAAAACUGAAAUAAACCAACACAAAUAUAAUCAGUCUCUGUCAUUAGUUACAGCAUACUUGCAGUGUAAACUAUUAUUUAAAUUCACAUAAAUUGCUGUCUAAAAAAAGUUAGCAUAACAAUUAGCAUCACGAUUAGCAUAGCUUCACAGUAAAGGUUAGCUUGUAGCCUACAUGCUUGAAAAUAGUUGGAUUUACAUGAACGUAUUAAACAUUAUAUUUUCUCCUCUUUAGACAGAAUCAUCAUCAAUAACUGAUAUUCAACAUGUCCACUCUUAGAUACAUAAACUUACGACAAUGCUUCUAUGAACUUUCUUAGCGGAUUGGCUUGGAUAGUUUUCAGCUCUGCUUGCCUUGUUUGCUUCGUUCUUUUACAUACCAACCAGGAAGUAACAAAACAGGAAGUGACGUCAUCAUGUGACACAAACGGAUGAAACGAUUUUAACAAAUUAUUUUGUAAACUGUAAAGCAAUUAUUAACUUUUAUAAUUAACUAGAUUAUUAUCAAAAACUUAAAAUUCAAGAAAAUAAAUGUGAUGGCUUAAGGCAACACACUUUCUGCCUGACCUAGGUAAGGUCACUACUAACUUAUAGGAGUCUGUAACAUCAGUCUUUAGCUCAGUCCUUGGGUAGAAGUAGAACAACUUCUGCUAUUGGCCUUGGGAAGGUUUUUACAUUGCCUUGGUUGGCUGUUUUUAAUUCUACUUUCCUGACAUGUCCAUCCUUUCCAGGGAAUGUGCCUGUGAUUCUGGCCAUUGGCCAGCAGUUGCGGGCGGUUUGCUUGUCCCCGAGAAGAACUAGAUCUCCGACUUGAAGUUUUCUGUGAGAUUCCGUCCAUUUCUGUCAGUGUUGCAAUGUAGGUAGGUAUUCGUGGCUCCAGCACGACCAGAACUGGUUUGCAGGAGCCUGAACUUGUCUCCAUUGCUUUGUGUACAGGUCCUUGUCCAUAAAGUUUCCAGGUGGAAGAGGAACUCCUGUUUUCUGUGUAAGGAGCAUUGACGGUGAGAGAAUGAAAGGGUUUUCUUGGUCUGAAGACACAGACACAAGCGGUCGUGCAUUUAUAAUGGAAGUGACCUCUGCCAUCAAUGUGCACAACACAUUGAUGUGGGUUGAGUGAAUGUUUUGCUUUAGAAGCAUUGCAUCAAGGAUUCUCCUGGCGAUGCUGACCAUACAUUCCCACGAGCCUCCCAUGUGAUUGGCAUAUGGUGGGUUGAAUUCCUAGAUGCAUCCUUGCACACUGAGGUAUUUUUGGAUAGUUUUGUCCAUUCCAAGCUCUUUGCAUGCUCCAAUGAAGUUGGUGCCACAAUCAGAUCUCAACUGUUUUGCAGGACCCCGGAAUGCAAAGAAGCGUCUGAUGGCGUUUAUGCAGCUGGAUGUGUCCAUGGACUCUAUGACCUCAAUAUGCACAGCUCACAAGCUCAUGCAACUGAAUAUGAUGGCCCAACGUUUGCUCUCUGCUUGUCCCCCUCUGGUGCGUCUGGUAGUGAUAAACCAGGGACCAAACACAUCAAGUCCAACGUAUGUAAACGGAGGGCAGGCGUUGAGGCGCUCAGGUGGCAGGUCUGCCAUGCAUUGUUCUUCCAGCUUCCUGUGUAAUUUGCAGCAGGUUACACCUUUGUGAAUGACUGAAUUGAUCAGUGCUUUGCCUCCUAAGAUCCACAAUCGUACUGCUCUGAUCGCUCCUUCAGUUAGGUGACAGCCUUGGUGUUUCACUUGCUCAUGGUGAUGGCGUGUAAGCAGUAGUGAGAUGUGGCUAUCUUUGGGUAGGAUUAUUGGAUACUUCUCAGCAGCUGGAAGAUGAGAGUGCUUCAGUCAUCCUCCAAUGCAGAUAAGUUCAUUCUCCAGGAUUGGACUGAGUUUCUGCAGCGGACUGUUUUUGUGCACUGCAUCAUUCAUCCGAAGAGUUGUAAGGUCUUUGGCAAAGGCUGCCCUUUGAGUUGCUUUAAGAAUAAUAUUCUUUGCUUGGGUCGUUUCAUCUGGAGUACGUGGUAGGUUAUAUUUGUGCCAUCCCUUACAUUUGCCGUUUUGGCUCAAGUGUUUGUAGGACUUGGCAAUGUGGAUGAGGAAUCCUACUCCUCUCACUAAGGAGGUGAAGGUAAAGAAACGCUUGAAGCGGAUGAUUGAAAGUACUGAUUCUUCCAAGGAUGUAGCACAAGUCUGAACUUGGGGCCGUAUUUCUUGGUCCUUCUCAGGUUCAAUGAGUUUGAAAGCUUUUUUGUGUUUUUUCUGCAUGUGACUCAUACAGGAAGGAGGGCCCUGUGAACCAUGAGGUCAGUGCCAGACGUGAUGCAGGUAAAGAUCUUGACGCAUGGUCUGCUGGGUUUUCUUCUGUAUGUACAUAGUGCCAUUGUUCGGGCUUUGACGACAGACGAAUACCUUGAAUUCUAUUGUGAACGUACACAUAGAAUCGUCUGGACUCAUUACAAAUGUAACCAAGCACUACUUUGUUGUCUGUGUAGAAAUUGGUGGAAUCCAAUUUUAGGUCUAGCUCAUCAUGGAUAAGAUCUGCCAUCUCUACAGCCAAGACAGCUGCACACAGUUCAAGCCUUGGGACUGUAGGCUCUGACUGAGGCGUUAACUUUGCCUUUGCCAUGACAAAUCCUACUUCAGCUUUACCAUCACUGUUGAUUACUUUCAGAUACUCCACCACACCGAUGGCUUUGGUUGAUGCGUCUGAAAAAAUGUACAGUUCUGUGUGAACUGCUCCAGUGAGUGAAGUUUCUGUGUACCUACAUGGAACGGAAAGUUGCUUUAAGUCUUGAAGUGAAUCUCUCCAAGCCUCCCAUCUGUUUAACUUGUCUUCUGGAAGGGGUGUGUCCCAGUCAGAUUGUUCGGAGGUGAGCUCCCUGAGAAGGGCUCUUCCUUGAAUGGUGACGGGCGCCAAUAGGCCCAGGGGAUCAAAAACAUUGUUCACGGUGGAGAGAACUCAACGCCGUGUGAAUGGUUUAUUUGUGACUGGUACUGAGUAGGUAAAUGUGUCUGCCUUGAUCUCCCAGAGGAGACCCAAGCUCCGUUGUGUGGGUGUGGUCUCUCUGCUGAGAUCUAGGUUCUUGAUUACUGAGGCACAAUCUUCAGGGGGGAAGGCCUCCAUGACUGCCUGACAGUUGCAUUAUUUACUUACUUGCGUAGGCGGAGAUUUGACUCAGCAAGUGAGGCCUGCGUUCUUUGAAGCAGGCUAAUUGUCUCAGCUUCAGUUGGAAUGGAUAUCAAGCCAUCAUCAACAUAGAAGUGCCGUUCUACAAAUUUGACUGUAUCAGCACCAUGCUCCUGUGCACCUUCUCUAAUGGCUCUUCGCAGUCCAUAUAUUGCCACAGCAGGAGUUGGACUAUUACCAAAAACAUGGACUUUCAUCCUGUAUUCGAUUACAUCUUUAUUUAUGUCAUUGUCCUUGUGCCAUAAAAAACAGAGGACAUUGCGGUGGUCUUCACAUACCAAGAAACAAUGAAACAUCUGCUGGAUGUCUGCCAUGAUUGCAACCUUCUCUUUUCGGAAGCAAAGCAGAACACCAACGAGUGUGGUAUUUAGAUCAGGGCUUGUAAGGAGCACAUCUUUGAGAGAUAUGCCAGCGCACUGGACGCUUGAGUCAAAGACCACCCUGAUCUGAUUUGGCUUUUGCGGGUGGUAGACCCCGAAUUUUGGGAGAUACCAGCUCUCCUUGUGAUCUCUCAGUGGCAGUACUAACUCAGCAUGUCCGUUAGAGAAAAUCUUCUCAACGAAAUCCACAUACUGCUGCUGCAUCUCAGGUUUCCUUCUUAGGGUCCUCUGCAAGGACUUGAACCUCUUGAUUGCCUGUUCUUUAUUGUUUGGCAAAGCCUGAUGUGGUUCCUUGAAUGGCAGUGGGGCAACCCAACUGUUUGCAUUGUCUCUAUAGACCUUUUUGUCCAUUAUUUUUAAGAAGAGCAUGUCCUCAACAGAUGGGGCGGGUUUGUUAUCAUGCUCAGUUCGGGUGAACACUGACUGUCCCAAUGUCUUCUCAUCUGCUUUGCCGUUCCUGUUAAAGCUUUGUUGUGUCUCCUUGACACGUAUGAAGCUUGUGCAGAGCUGAAAAAUAGAAUGCGACCACCUUCCAACACAUUGGUCUUGAAUGUGCUGACAGUUCGUUUGUGCACAUUACCUAGGCACACUUCUCCAAUCACUACCCAAACUAUGUCUAGACGUUGUGCAAAGGGGUCAUUAUGUGGUCCACUGACCUGCUGCCUAACCUUUUGUGCCCUUAGGACAUCUCUUCCUAGCAGCAGGAGUAUUUCUGCUUCUGGAUCCAGUUCUGGGGUGUGCUUGGUGAUGUGAUGGAGAUGAGGCUGGUGUAGCACUGUGCUUGGCGUAGGUAUCUCUGACCGGUUGUUGAAGAUCUCAUGACACUCUAGGAGUGGAGGGAGGCAGAUGACAACUUUGCCGUCCAGUGGCUCGAUCUGAAAACCUUCAGCUCUUUUUCCUGACGUUUCAUGGAGGAGUUUGUUUCUGAACAUUCUGCAUUUUUUAAGGGGAUGGGGUUUGUUGUGAAGUGGACAGUUCUUACUAGGGUCAUCAUUAGUUGGGAACGUCCAUUUUAUGCACUGAGAUGGGUUUGUUGAGGUUAUAAUUGUUUGAAAUGGAUUGACUGGUUUUGUAGGAGUUGUGGUGUUGUGUUGAUGCAUAAAGCUAGGAUCGUUCCGCUUCUUUGCCUUUGAGCAUACAAACUUGCAAAAAUAGUCAAAGGGAGGGAAGCGACCACCAUUUUCUUCUUUGUAACAUGAGCCGACAGAAACCCACUUUUCAUGAAGACCAUAUGGAAGUUUGUCCACGAUUGGACCAAUUCUACCUGAGGUGUCCAGAUAUGACAGGCCAAUGAGAUAACAAUCUUCUUCAGCACUUUCCAGCUCCGUUAGUAAAUCUCCCAGUUCCCUUAAUUUGACGUGAACCUUGGCUGAAAUCCUGGGAAAACUGUCCAGUCAUUGGGACAGUACCUUCUCAAUAAUUUCAGGGGCUGCGUAACACUCUUGUAGUCUUUCCCAAGCUUUGUGUAAGGCUAGAUUGGGAUUAUUGACAUGCACAGAGCAUAUGCGUUUCACGUGUUCACUAGAUUCUUUCCCCAGCCAUUUAGUCAUGAGGUCCAAUUCUUGGGUUGCUGUGAGCUGAACUCCUUCAGCUGCACCUGUAAAUGAGGAGUACCAUGCGCUGUAAUUCUCGGGCUUGUCAUCAAAUCUGUACAGUCCUGAAAUGACGAUCUCUUGUCUUGUUAAAUACUGUGCCAGUGGUUCGGCAACAAGUGGUGUGCUUGCUGGAGGAAUAUAUUGGGGUACAUAUGGCUGAGCAUUUACGUUCAUGGUGGGGCCUGUUAUACUGCCUUCCUUCUUAGCCUUGACUUUUAAGAGACUAGAUAACUUUGGUGUAGAUGAGUACUUAAUGUUAUCCCUUACUGGAGAUAUAGGAGUGUUGUCGGGUUGCAAGACGUCCUCCACAGGUGGGUGUGGAGCUACUAGGAAUCCAUAGCAGGUAAGUAUGGAGAGAGAGAACGAUUCUGCAAGUCUAUUUGAGAUUGAACAAAUUCACUGGUACGAUCAAACUUGACGUUCUCUGUUACAGACUUUCCUGUUUCAUCUAAAACCUGCAUUGACUCAACAUUUUCUAAUGCGUGAGCUUCCACUACAGCUGCAUCAGCUUCUUGUUGUAGCUUCAGUAUGUCUAACUCCGUUUCUGUUCUCAUUCUUUCAAUCUUCAGGUUAGCUUGGCAUAUGACACUUUUAAUUUGGCAGUUUCAGCUUUAGCCCUGGCAUGAGCAGUUGAGCUUGCUGAUGAUGCUGAUAUCUUGUGCGAUACGGAAGACUUGCCACUUGAUUUUGAAGCCAUCUUACCACUUGUUAAAAGAUCAAUUGUUUCUGUCUUUUCACUAGAUGUUUAGUCAGCGUUUCAACACCCUGCAAGAGAACAUUAUAAUUUUAAAAAGGGGCUACCUGAGGGGAGUUUCCUCCUCCAGUCCAAAGACAUGCGUUGUAGGCUGAUUGACAUUUCCAAAUUGUCCAUAGUGUGUGAAUGUGUGUACAGUUGUGUCCUGCGCUGGGUUGAACCCCAUCCAGAGUGUUCCCCACCUUGUGCCCGCAUCCCCUGAGAUGGGCUUCAGGCUCCCCACAUACCUGUGUAUUAAAAGCGGUAGAGAAAAUGGAUGUAUCUUAUGUGGCCCUGAUCCAAGACUCCCUCUCCUCUGGUUUCCACUUAAUGGACUCCGGGAUUCUCUUGGGUGGCGAAAAAAUUUGCUCCAUCCAUUUUAAGGUCUUGUGUUCUGUCACGAUGGAGAGACGGAGACAGAUGCAUGAGCAGAUUAGAUUUAAUGAAACAACAAACAAAACACAAAACUAUAACUAUAGACCUGGUGGCACACAAAGACAGAAACAAUGGCAAUGAAAGACAAACAGAAGAUAAAAAGUGCAGUCCAGAGCUCGUUCCAACACAUCCAUGACACAAAUAAACAAAAUAAAUUAAAUACAUAUAAACGAAAAUUAAACUGCAACUAUAAUGUCCACCUGCAAUACGAAAUAGAAUUUCAAAGGAUAAAACUUAUGUGCAUUGGUCAGGGUCAUCGUCAUCACCUUGGCCUACAAACAGGUUAGACAACCAGCCCAAGCAGUGACAGGGACUGGUUAUACAGGUGAUAAACACUGCCCCCUGGGUUUCCUGUCCAGUGCCAACCCAGUUUAUACUCUCUAAGAACAUUUUUAUCAGAUCUGUACUGUUGGACUGUUGAAUUUAUUAGGCUUCCUCACUUUUUGUUCAGCUUGACUUUAACUUCGCAUUUUUCACCCUUCAUAUGUCAUUUGCUACAAGGAAAAAUAUAAACAAGAAAUCAACAUAAAGAAUUUGACAAUCCCACAGAAAGAUAUCUAACUGUAUUUAAGGGAAAAACAUGUAAUAAAUAAAUAAAUAAAUAAAUAAAUGUAUG